CAAAAUCACCACACAAUAAUAAGUGUUGCACACUCAACAGAAUGUCACUGCCAACCAUUUUGUAGAGAAUUUUCUGUCUAAGACACCUCCUUGACACAAUUCUUCUCUCCUUUGUGUCCAAAAAGUUCAGGCCAUUUAAUCUUCUCCCAAAAAUUACAAUCAGCGGCUUGAAAAUCAAUAAUUAUAUUGUUGCUUCACCACAGAAUAAUGGAGACGGAAGAGCUCAAGCGUGUCUUUCAUAUGUUUGACAGGAAUGGUGAUGGAAGGAUCACGAAAAAGGAGCUGAACGACUCGUUAGAGAACAUGGGUAUCUUCAUGUCCGACUCAGAUCUGGCACAGAUGAUCAACAAGAUUGACGUGAAUGGCGAUGGCUACAUCGAUAUUGAUGAAUUUGGUGCUCUAUAUGAGACCAUAAUGGAAGAACGAGAUGAGGAGGAAGACAUUAGAGAGGCUUUCAAUGUGUUCGACCAAAAUGGGGACGGAUUCAUUACCGUAGACGAAUUAAAAUCCGUCUUGGCAUCGCUUGGUCUCAAGCAAGGGCGGACCGUUGACGACUGCAAGCGGAUGAUUAAGAAAGUGGAUGCUGAUGGAGAUGGAAUGGUGAAUUUUAUAGAGUUUAAGCAGAUGAUGAAAAGCGGUGGAUUUGCUGCAUUGAGUUAACGAGAAAAUCGACAAGACCUUGGAGGCUGGCAUCUUGUACUCUUAAGCAAAGGUCUGAGGUCAGUUCUUAGAGAAGCUUAUGGGAUGGAGCCUUUACCACCUUAAUAAGCCAACUUGAUGCUAAUGUAAAUUAGUCAAUCAAGUGAACUUGGAAUACUAGAUGAAAAAACCAGAAAACGAAAAAUAGAGAGAAAAACACUCAUUUUCCACACUGUUAUGUUUGUUUGAAUAGAAAGAAAGAACACAGAUAAAAAGGAGUUUUCCUGCUCUUUUUGUAGGUUAACGACUUGUAAAUAGUUUGUUAUAUUUUCUAAUUCUUUAUUUUAUGUUCUUUGGCUCCUCCCCAACAGAAUCUUGAUAGAAAAACAUUACUCCCUCACUUUCAUGUUAUUAUCCUACAGUAAUGUUCAAUAAAGGCUUUGAUUGAAACCACAUGUCCUCCAGAGAUCUAAAGGUUUAUAUUGUAUCUCUUCUCCUCUAUUCCGUUUAACAGGUGAUGUGAAGAGAAAGAUUUUCAUUUCUACUUUCUUCUUAUUUGCAAGUUAAUGAAGGAAAUCCCACAACUUAAAUUUCUUCUUUCGGUUCUAUUACCCUUUCCUUAACCCUUGUUUUAAUAUAUAUCUCUUGAAAUCCCAAGAACAAAUUUUCUCAUAGAAGCUUUCUCUUGCUUCUAUUCCAUUCUCUCAUUGUGACGUUCUUUACGUGUGAGGGUUAAAAAGAUUUUUCUUUUCUUGAAGCAUGUUUCACUUUCCACUAUUAUGAUUUGGGGUACAGAAUUUCAUGAAUAACAACCAGAAUGCUCUUAGAUUGAAUGGAUCCUACAGUAUUAUACUCCAGUACACUUCAAUGGACCCUUAGAUUGAAGCCACAUGUUCAUUGUCAGUUUAAAGGCUUAGACUGUAUCUUCUUCCCUCUCUUUCCUCCGUCACCUUGUAUUUUCCACCAUUACUGUUACUGACCUUUCACAAUUCCUCUUUGGUUGAUUAAAUUAUCAAUCACUCUUUCUAUAUUACUUUAAAGAACACUAUCCAAUCACAGAAAGCAGUACAAAAAGACAAGUUGCCUCA